UUGUUUUCAGUCCAACAGACAGACUCCGUCCAAUAAGAUGCUGCCGUCGGCUCCAUCAGACAAAGCCCUGAGGAAGUAUGAACACAAGAUCAACCUGGAUAAGCUUGACUACGCCGACUCGGUGAUCAACAAAGUGACAACGAAGCAGAAACAGAAAGACGCCGACACGUUCAGAGUGAAGGACAAGUCGGACCGCGCCACAGUGGAACAGGUUUUAGAUCCUCGAACCCGAAUGAUUCUCUUCAAGAUGUUAAGUCGAGGAAUAAUCUGUGAAAUCAACGGCUGCAUCAGCACCGGCAAGGAGGCGAACGUUUAUCACGCCGGGACGGCGUCCGGGGACAGCCGAGCCAUCAAGAUCUACAAGACGUCCAUCUUGCUGUUCAAAGACAGAGACAAAUAUGUCAGUGGAGAGUUCAGGUUCCGUCACGGUUACUGUAAAGGAAACCCCCGGAAGAUGGUGAGGACCUGGGCCGAGAAGGAGAUGAGGAACCUCAUCAGGCUGCAGACGGCAGGAAUCCCGAGUCCAGAGCCUCUGCUGCUCCGAAGUCACGUUCUGCUGAUGAGCUUCAUCGGAAAAGACAACAUGCCGGCGCCGCUGCUGAAGAACGCCUCUCUGUCGGAGUCCAGGGCCCGGGAGCUCUACCUGCAGGUUCUGCAGAACAUGAGGAGGAUGUUCCAGGACGCCCGCCUGGUCCACGCAGACCUCAGCGAGUUCAACAUGCUAUAUCACAACGGAGACGCUUACAUCAUUGAUGUGUCCCAGUCGGUGGAGCACGACCAUCCGCACGCUCUCGAGUUCCUCAGGAAGGACUGCAGCAACGUCAACGAGUUUUUUGUGAAGCGCGGCGUGGCGGUGAUGACGGUCAGAGAGCUGUUUGACUUCAUCACUGACCCGUCCAUCACCUGCCACAACAUGGACCAGUACCUGCAGAAGGCCAUGGUGAUUGCAGCUGAUCGUACAUCAGAGCAGCGUACAGAUCAGGACCGAGUGGACGACGAGGUGACAUAAACACACACAUUGUUUACACACAGAAUAUUCUGGGUUUUGUUCUCACGAGUUAAAUCUCCGUCCACGUGUCCAUGUAAUGAUCUGGAGUUGGUAAAACCUCCUAAAUCUAGAGAAUAAAUCAGGUGAAGUGUGUUUCC